AUGGAAGCCAACGGCAUCAUCGUCAACACGGCAGCGGAGCUCGAGCCCGGAGUCCUCGCCGCCAUCGCCGAGGGCCGGUGCACCCGCGGCGCCCGGGCCCCGACCGUGUACCCCAUCGGCCCAGCAAUCUCGCUAAUAACAAGCCCGCCGGCCGAGCAGUCGCAGCCGCGCGAGUGCGUGCGGUGGCUCGACUCGCAGCCUCCGAGCUCGGUGAUGUUCCUCUGCUUCGGGAGCAAAGGGAUGCUGCCUCCACCGCAGGUGCACGAGAUAGCCCACGGCCUGGAGCGCAGCGGCCACCGCUUCCUCUUGGUGCUGCGCGGCCUGCCGGUGGACACCACGAUGGGCGCGAGAGACCCGACGGACGCGAACCUCGCCGAGCUGCUCCCGGAGGGCUUCCUGGACAAGACGAAAGGGAGAGGGCUGGUGUGGCCGACGAGGGCGCCGCAGAAGGAGAUACUGGCGCACGCCGCCGUCGGGGGCUUCGUCACGCACUGCGGCUGGAACUCCAUCCUCGAGAGCCUCUGGUUCGGCGUGCCCAUGCUACCCUGGCCGCUCGCCGCCGACCAGCACCUCAACGCCUUCUGUUUAACACACGGGAUGGGCGCCGCCGUGCCGUUGGAGAUGGACAGGAAGCGCGGGAACUACGUCGAGGCGGCGCAGCUGGAGCGGGCAGUCAGGUCCCUCAUGGGCGGCGGCGGCGGCGGCGGCGGCGAGGAGGCGAGGGAGAAGGCCAUGGAGAUGAAGCGCGCCUGCCGCAAUGCCGUGGAACAGAGCGGUUCUUCCCACGCUUCGCUGCAGAGGCUCUCCGAGGAGCUCGUCCGACGCGCGGUGCUGCCCAAAAGAGGAAGCACUCACACCACGUGA